ACACACACGCCCAUCACUCCACUGUUUGUCCACACGAACAGGGAGCAGGCCGUGGUCGUGAUCGACACCGACAAGUCGCACCUGGCCCCGGGCGACGUGUGCAUGGGGCUGGCGCCGAUGAUUCCGGGCAUCGACGACCUCAACUCGUUCUUCACCGACCACGCCUCCUUCGUGUCCCUCGGCAUCCGCGGCGAGGUGGCCCGCUUCUUCGCCGGAAAGCUGGACGAGCAGGCCAUCGGCCUUUCCGACGCGCCCAUCAUGACGCCGGGCACGACCCUGCACGCGGACAAGAACUACGCCCAGCUGCUCGGCCGCAUGACCGAGCUGGGCAACAUCCAGUUGGGUCUGACGGUGGGCUAUCUGGCCAAGGGCGAGCCGCAGUACGCGGUCAACAUCGUCGUCGACCGUGAGCGGAAAAUGGGCAUGAUCAUAGGGAGCCUGGUGAGCAUCGCGGCCUGGGUGGUGGCCCUCGCAGCCAUGAUCCUCUUCGGCCGAAGAGCCCUCCGAGAAGAAGAGCGCAAUGCGCACAACCUUGUGUGA